UCGCACGCGGGGCCGCGCCUCGUGCCGGACAAUAGCGGGGCUGCCGCAGCCGAGCGAGAGAGGGGAGAGUGCGCGCGCCUGUGUGUGUGUGUGUCUCACCCAAACCAGCCCGACGCCGUAGUUCGCAGCCGCCCAGGCCCGCUCGCCGACACCAAUGAGCGGCGGCGGCACGCGGCUGUCCCGGUGGUGGAGCUGACUGGGGAGGCUCGAGCCGCGCCCCGCCGCUGCUUCUUCUUCCUCCUCCUCCGAGACUUGUGUCGCCCCUCAGCCUUCCCCGUGCCUGCGUCGGAGCCCGUGGAGAGGGGUUGGGGGGGGGGGAGAGAAAAAAGCGCGCCCGCCACCGCUUGGCGACCCGCCGCUCAUCCUGCCCCCCCCUCCACCAGCUCCGAGACAGGUGAGGCGGUGGGCCGGGCCUCGCCUCGGCCUGGCUUUUGUGGUCAUCCUCGGCGGCGCGGUGGCGGCGGCGGUGCUGCCUCCGUUUCAAUGGAAGUAUGUUACCAACUGCCGGUGCUGCCCCUGGACAGGCCGGUCCCGCAGCAUGUCCUCAGUCGCAGAGGGGCCAUCAGCUUCAGCUCCAGUUCCGCGCUCUUCGGCUGCCCCAACCCCAGGCAGCUGUCGCAGAGACGUGGGGCAAUUUCCUAUGACAGUUCUGAUCAAACUGCAUUGUACAUUCGCAUGCUAGGAGAUGUACGAGUAAGAAGUCGGGCAGGAUUUGAAACAGAGAGAAGAGGUUCUCAUCCAUACAUUGAUUUCCGUAUUUUUCACUCAAAUUCUGAAAUUGAAGUUUCUGUGUCUGCAAGGAAUAUCCGAAGGUUACUGAGUUUCCAGCGGUACUUGAGAUCUUCCCGUUUCUUCCGUGGUAUCACUCUUCCAAAUUCUUCAAAUAUUUUAGACGAUGAUUAUAAUGGACAAGCUAAGUGUAUGCUAGAGAAGGCUGGAAACUGGAAUUUUGAUAUCUUCCUUUUUGACAGGCUAACAAAUGGAAACAGUUUAGUCACCUUAACCUUCCACCUGUUUAAUCUUCAUGGACUUAUAGAACACUUCCAGUUAGAUACAAUGAAACUCCGCAGAUUUUUAGUAAUGGUUCAAGAAGAUUACCACAGUCAAAAUCCAUAUCACAAUGCAGUUCAUGCUGCUGAUGUGACUCAGGCCAUGCACUGUUAUUUAAAGGAACCUAAGCUUUUCAAAUCUCUGACUCCAUGGGAUGUUCUGCUCAGUUUAAUUGCAGCUGCCACUCACGAUUUGGAUCACCCAGGUGUUAAUCAGCCUUUCCUUAUUAAAACGAACCAUUAUUUAGCAACUUUAUACAAGAAUACCUCAGUAUUGGAAAAUCACCAUUGGAGAUCAGCUGUGGGGCUGCUGAGAGAGUCUGGAUUAUUUGCACACAUGUGUCUAGAAAAUAGGCAGCUGAUGGAAAGCCAGAUAGGAACAUUGAUUCUUGCCACAGACAUCAGUCGACAGAAUGAAUAUCUGUCCUUAUUUCGCAGUCAUUUGGACAAGGGAGACUUAUGUUUAGAAGAUGAGAACCAUCGCCAUCUUAUUCUUCAGAUGGCUUUGAAAUGUGCUGAUAUUUGCAACCCUUGCCGGACCUGGGAACUGAGCAAGCAGUGGAGUGAAAAAGUAACAGAAGAAUUUUUUAAUCAAGGAGAUGUUGAAAAAAAAUACCACUUGGGUGUGAGUCCAUUAUGCGACCGACAGACAGAAACCAUUGCCAACAUCCAGAUUGGUUUUAUAACCUAUUUGGUAGAGCCAUUGUUUGCAGAAUGGGCAAGGUUUUCAAACACUAGGCUGUCUCAAACAAUGCUCGGGCAUUUGGGACUGAAUAAAGCUAGCUGGAAGGGAAUACAAAGACAACAGUCCAGCAGUGGUGAUGAUGCUGAUCCUGCAUUUGAAGAAAUGGACUCUGAUGUAAUACCUCAGGAAAAUCGACUAUCCUGACACCAGGAUCUGCUUGACAAACUGCCUCUUGCCCAAUACAUGCAGAACAGGGUUUGAGGAUAAUAUUUUUGGUCUGACUGCCAAGGUUUCAGUAUAAACAAUGCCAGCAUUAUUUAUUUCCAAGUUUUUACUUUGAUCAUUUGAACCUGGUUAUUGGUUACAAGACCUGAACAUAGAGCAAUAUGCAUAUGCCUUGGUUGGCUUUUGCAUGGAACCUUGAAUAUGCAAACCAGAGGCAUGAUUGAACCUUGAUGAGGCAAAGACAAGAUGUGUUGUUAAUGUGCCACAUUGUUUCGCUUUUUUUUUUUUAAAGAAGGAGGAGGUUAAAAUAAGGCCUUCAAAGCUAUCACAGGACAUGGAUGACUCCAUUCUCUUGGAAUUUAACUCCUUGUCUAAAAUGUGGCAAUGUGAAGUGCCCAUUUUUGGCUGCCUCUGGCAAGAACUGAUGUUUACAAACGUACCUGGAAACUAUAGGUUCUAAAUUAACCUUUGUGCAUGGCUGUGAAGGAACCACUAACUUAAAAACAAUGAAAGAUCAAAUCUGAAACUGCAGCUAAUUUUCCUCUCACUAAGAGAAAAGCCUACCAUGUGUCAUGAUUUGGCUGUGCAUUUGGGAACUGAGCAUUUAACAUAGAGCUCAGCCAAGCUUCACUCCAGUGUAGAAUGGGAUUGCAAGAUUAACAAGCAGAAAAAUACUUCUGAAUUUUGGGAGGGAGGUGGGAUGGGGCUGAGGAGAGGAAGAGUUCUAAUUGUGUUAAGAUUCUGCAGUGAAAAUAUUGCAUGUUGUUUUCACUAUUGUACACUUGAACUGCACAUGCAAGAAAAAAGGUGGAAUGACUAUGAACACCAGAAACAGCUCAGGGUAUUUGCCAAUCUGAAAUAUAGUGGGAUGGGAAGUGUGUCCUUCAGAACAAGGGUACAAAUGCCCCUUUCGCUGCAGUGUGUGUGCGUGUAUGUGUGAAUACUUGGGGGGAGGUGGGCGGGGAAGAUGGGAAGGAGUUGAAAGGCAAGGUUUUUUUAUUUAUUGUUUUUAGAAUGUGACAUUUUCAUGAGCAGCCACAUGGGGGGAAACUAACAGGUUGCUACAGCUGCCUUAAACUAUGCACAAAGCUAAGUGACCAAAUUUUGUUGUAGAUUGAAAAAGUGCAUUGUUUACUUAUUCCUCCCUCUACUGAAAUGUUACCCAUUAUGGGUUUUUUGAUGUGAAAAGGAGAAAUGUUUUUAAGGACAAAUUUUAAGGACUAAUUUUUAAACUUCAAGCAUUCCUUUUUUUGUAAUUUGUUUUUUACAUUGUUUUAAGUACUGUAAGCACAACUGUAAUCUAUUUUGAGGAAUUGGUGCUUUCUUUUUGUUCAUUUGUAUUUCCCUUGUUCUUACUGUAAAGACUGUUUAUUCCAUUCUGUUUACAGUUUGCAACAGCCAUUUUUGGGAGAGAGCUUCAGUGUAAAGCCAUUGGUUAGAGGCUUUGCCAUACUCAUUUUAAUGUGCCUGUUGCUGUUAACUUUUGAUUAAUAAAAAACUUUUCACAUUA